GCGCGGCAGCAGCGACGCCUGCGCCGAAUGGGCGGACGCCAUCGCGCCAGAAAUGGUCCAACAACCAGCGCCCACGGCCGCCCAUAUACCGCCGCCCGCUCGCGGGGUGGUGGGCGCCAUCGUAGCGGAGCACACGAAGGCUUUCGCCCGCGAGAUCCACCGCGGCACCCCCGAGUCCAUCACCAAGGCGGCCAAGCGUUGGUUCAUGCUCCCUAAGCUGCUGUUCGGGCGCGCCAACCUCCGAGGCGGCAAGAGAGGCAACGCUCAGCUCACCACUGCGCAGUUCCGCCGGGCCAUGGAGAUCAGGGAGCACCGCGAAGCACAGCUCUGGGGCGCCGCCCUUGACUCCGCCCCGCCUCCUUUGCGCGCCAGGCGGAAGACUACCGCAGAGCACGACGUUAUGGCGGCGCGCAAACUCGCGGAGGCAGGCGCCGUGGGCAAAGAAGUGCAGGAACUGGCGACGGCCGCCCGCCUCCUCCCGCUCACCAAGAGCCCCGCCCGAAUCCGCCCCAUCAACCUCGCCAGCCCGCUCCGCCGCCUCGCGUCCAAGGCGGUCAACAAAAUGGCGUCGGACGAGGUCGCCGAGGGGCUUCGCGGCAAGCAGUGCGGGUACAAGCACGCGGCUGGGGCGGAACUAAUCCACAAGCGCGUGUCCACUGCCCUCCACGUCCGCCCGGACUACGCCGUGCUCUCUCUGGGCGCUGCAGACGCCUUCCAGAACCUCAGCAGGGUGUACAUCAACGAAGGUCUCGAUGCUCACUGCCCAAAACUCCGCCGAUGGGCAAGAGGCUUCCUGCCGGACGCCGGGCAGGUUGUCUACCACGACACCGGGGGCAGAAUACACAUUUGGAACCAAACGACGGGUAUCUUCCAAGGGUGCGGCAUGGCCACCACGCUCUUCUGCCUCGGACUCGACCGAGCCCUCGAGAGGGCCAAACACCAACUCGACGCAGCAGGUAUACAGCACGAGCUUUUCGGCUACAUCGACGACCUCACCAUCCUUGCGAAGCCUGAAGACUU